AUGCGCCAGGAGCCCGGCGGCCCUCCCUCUUGGCUCGGCUGCGGCGCGGCGCUCACCGGCGGCGCCGCUCUCCUCUCGCUCUUCAUGCUGCUCCACGCCGAAAAGGCGGAUCACUCGCUCGCGCUGCCGUGGCCGCUCGUGCUCGCCCCGCUGCUCGCGCUGCCCGCCGGCGCGCUGCUGCUCAUCGCCACGCGCGCAGCCUCCCGGCGGGACAGCCGUCGCCGCAGCCGCGAAGCUGGCGCCGCGGCCGAGCUGGCGCGGCUGGCGCUGCUCGGCUGCUCCGCUGUCCUCCUCUGCCUUCGCCUCGGGGGAGGCGGAGGCGGCUGGGGCGUCGUCGCGGCGCCGGCAGCGCUUGCCUUCUUUCCGCGGCCGGACCCGACCUCAUGGCUGAUGGAGCGGGAGGCGCAGGUCUGCGGCAGCGCGUCGGGCGCGGUCUGCGCCGCGCUGCUGCAGCUGAGAUUACCCGAGAGUACCCGAGAUUACCCGAGACUACCCGAGGUUAGAGUGCCGCAGGUCUGCGCCGCGCUGCUGCAGCUGUGCGCUCUCUCCGCGCUCACGGGGCGGCUGGGCGAGUCGGACGCCGCAGGCCGGUCCAUCGGUGGGUCUUGGGGCGGCGCGUACUCGCCCUACCUCUGGUCGCUGCUCCUCGGGCUCGCUUGCUGCGCCUCCUGCGCCGCCUGCGCGCCGCGCCGGCCAGCGCACGACUAUGGCGGCGACGGCGCGGACGGGCCGCGCACACGGCUGCUGCAGAGCCAGGGGGCGUACCAGGGUGUCCGGUCGGACCUCGCAGCCGCGACACAGCUGUGAAUGUAUGACUCAUUGGCUGGUGUGGGCAGAGUCCGACCCGAGCUCGCCGCGCCACGACGCCGGUGUAGAGUCUCUCUUCGCAUUGCAGUUUGGACCCUCCAGUGUGUCGACUCUCUGUUUUAUCCUCGAGGGUAUGUGUCCCGUGUCCGCCGAACAAGGAGCACGGCCACCGCAGACGGCCCCCUCAGCGGCCGUCGUCCUCGACUAGAUCAUGCAGAACAAGAAUUCUUCUCUGAAACCUUAGCCCACACGACGCCACUGAAAGGUGAAAGGACUAGUGUGCUAUACGUCAGUACGGCCUAAGCUCAAGGACCCACCGGCGCCUUCUU